AUGCUUGAACGUGAUAAUCUACCACCACUUCCAGAAUUCUCGCAGCUAUCUGAUCGUGUAUGGCGUGUCCUUGGUUUAAAUCCAAGCCCUUUCACAUUGCAAGGUACCAAUACAUACCUUGUGGGUCGAGGGGAUCGUAAGGUGCUUAUUGAUUGUGGCCAAGGGAUGCCAGCCUAUGUCCCACUUUUGCAACAAUCGCUUGAAUCAAUAUCGCCACACGCUUACAUUUCCGAUGUUCUAUUGACACACUCGCACAUGGAUCAUUGGGGUGGUCUUGAAUACCUUUUGGAAGCAUGCGAAGGUCAACUUACGGUGCACAAGUAUCCAUUGCAUCCUGAAAGUUACGAGCAAACGGUGUUCAUGCAAGGGUUUCCAUGCACACCACAAGAUUUACGCGAUGGCCAAGUAUUCCAGGUGGAUGAUGAGACAACUUUACAUGUGGCACAUACGCCAGGACACACCUCCGAUCACUGCUGUUUUUGGCUCGAAGAGGAAAACGCCAUGUUUGCAGGCGAUUGUGUUUUAGGACAUGGCACCGUCACCUUUGAUGAUUUGACCACCUAUUUGCAGACACUGGAUCGUCUUUUGGCAUUUGAGCCUCAUCAUUUAUAUCCUGGCCAUGGUCCUGUUGUUGAAGAUGGCGUCGCCAAGAUCCAUGAAUACAUCGAUUUCAGGCGGCAACGUGAGAACGAGAUCCUUGAUUUGAUCUUGUCAGAUCGAUCCAAGCCUUGGACACCACUUGAGAUUGGCAGUAUCCUACGUGAUAAGAAACCUGGUGAUCUACAACCAGCAUACUUGAGAGGAAUUGCAUUGCAUAUCAUGAAGCUGGAAAGUGAUGGAAAACUCAAGUCUGCCAUGCAUAACGAUUCUAUCUCGGGUCCUCUUAGUGCUAUCCGAUUUGAUGAUUUGGCUGAAGUCCUCAAGAAAGAGUGGUUCUUCAUCGAUAACAGCCGUCUAUAG